UCUUUCCUUCUUUCUUUAGAUUCUCUCUCUUUGUUCAGGAGCGUAAGGUUGCUUGCUGAGCACAAGAAGAUGUUUCUGUGGCUCUUUCUGCUUUUGUCGUCCCCAGCUGCUUCUACAAAUGCAGAUGCCGACACCUCCGUGGAAAUUUGCAACGUGUGCUCCUGCGUUUCGGUCGAGAACGUGCUGUAUGUCAACUGCGAGAAGGUUGCAGUCUACAGACCAAAUCAACUCAAACCACCUUGGUCUAAUUUUUACCACCUCAAUUUUCAAAACAACCUGCUCAUUAUUCUGUAUCCAAAUACAUUUCUUAAUUUCACCCAUGCGGUGUCCCUGCAACUGGGUAACAAUAAAUUACAGAACAUCGAGGGAGGAGCCUUCCUGGGUCUCAGUGCACUAAAACAGUUGCACUUGAACAACAAUGAAUUAAAGAUUCUCCGAGCUGACACUUUCCUUGGCAUAGAGAACUUGGAGUAUCUCCAAGCUGACUACAAUUUAAUCAAGUAUAUUGAACGGGGAGCCUUCAAUAAGCUUCACAAGCUGAAAGUCCUCAUCCUUAAUGACAAUCUGAUUUCAUUCCUUCCCGAUAAUAUUUUUCGAUUUGCUUCUUUAACCCAUCUGGAUAUACGAGGAAAUCGAAUACAGAAGCUUCCCUACAUUGGAGUUCUGGAGCACAUUGGGCGAGUCGUCGAAUUGCAGCUGGAAGAUAACCCGUGGAAUUGUACUUGUGAUCUCUUGCCUUUGAAGGCAUGGCUGGAGAACAUGCCCUAUAACAUCUACAUUGGGGAAGCUAUCUGUGAAACUCCCAGUGAUUUGUAUGGAAGGCUUUUGAAAGAAACCAAUAAGCAAGAGUUAUGCUCCAUGGGAACGGGGAGCGAUUUUGAUGUGCGCAUUCUGCCUCCUUCCCAGUUGGAGCCUGGAUACAGCACACCUAACGGCCACACGACACAAACAUCAAUGCACCGGUUAGUCACCAAGCCCCCGAAAACUACAAAUCCUUCCAAGAUCUCGGGAAUAGUAGCCGGCAAAGCGCUCUCCAACCGCAAUCUCAGUCAGAUCAUCUCUUAUCAGACCAGGGUUCCUCCUCUGACUCCUUGCCCCGUCCCGUGUGUUUGCAAAACGCAUCCUUCUGAUUUGGGAUUAAGUGUCAAUUGCCAAGAAAGAAAUAUAGAAUCGAUGUCUGAACUGGUACCGAAACCUUUAAAUGCCAAGAAACUGCAUGUCAAUGGCAACUACAUUAAGGACGUGGACACCUCAGAUUUCAUUGACUUCGAAGGGCUGGAUUUGCUACAUUUAGGCAGCAAUCGGAUUUCAGUAAUCAAAGGGGAGGUUUUCCGCAACCUUACAAAUUUAAGGAGAUUGUACCUUAAUGGCAAUCAAAUUGAGCGGUUGAGUCCUGAAAUAUUUGCCGGCCUCCACAAUUUGCAAUAUCUGUAUUUGGAAUACAAUGUUAUCAAAGAAAUUUUAGCAGGCACCUUUGACUUAAUGCCCAAUUUGCAGUUACUCUACUUGAACAACAAUCUUCUGAGAAGUCUGCCAGCGUACAUUUUUGCUGGUGCUCCCCUUGCCAGACUGAAUCUAAGGAACAAUCAUUUCAUGUAUUUACCUGUAAGUGGCGUUCUUGAUCAGCUAAAAUCUCUUACACAAAUUGAUCUGGAAGGUAAUCCGUGGGACUGUACUUGUGAUUUAGUCGCUUUAAAACUCUGGCUGGAAAAGCUCAAUGAAGGAAUUGUGGUGAAGGAAUUAAAAUGUGAAACGCCUGUUCAGUUUGCUAACAUUGAACUUAAGUCACUCAAAAACGAGAUCUUGUGCCCUAAACUUUUAAACAAGCCAUCUGCUUUGUUCACGAGUCCUGCUCCUGCCAUCACUUUUACUACACCCCUGGCUCCAAUUCGGAGCCCUCCCGGUGGCCCAGUUCCAUUAUCCAUCCUGAUCUUAAGCAUAUUAGUCGUGCUCAUUCUAACGGUCUUCGUUGCUUUUUGCCUCCUCGUCUUUGUGCUUCGGCGCAACAAAAAACCAACCGUAAAGCACGAAGGCAUUGGGAACCAAGAGUGCAGUUCCAUGCAACUGCAGCUAAGAAAGCACGACCACAAGUCAAACAAAAAGGAUGGACUAUGUGCAGAGGCCUUCAUUCCUCAAACCAUUGAGCAGAUGAGCAAAAGUCACACCUGUGGCUUGAAAGACUCGGAAACAGGCUUCAUGUUUGGUGAUCCCCAAGGGCAAAAAGUCAUUCUGAGAAACCUGAAUGACAAGGAAAAAGAUUUGUUGCAUGUGGAUACCAGGAAAAGACUUAGCACAAUUGAUGAGCUGGAUGAGUUGUUCCCUGGGAGGGAUUCCAAUGUGUUUAUUCAGAAUUUCCUUGAGAGUAAAAAAGAAUACAACAGCAUAGGAGUCAGUGGCUUUGAAAUCCGCUACCCCGAGAAACAACAAGACAAAAAAACCAAGAAAUCACUAAUAGGUGGUAAUCAUAGUAAAAUUGUAGUAGAGCAAAGAAAGAGUGAAUAUUUUGAACUAAAAGCUAAACUUCAAGGUUCACCUGACUACCUACAAGUCCUUGAAGAACAAACAGCUUUGAAUAAAAUAUAGGUCAUGCAAUCUUAUUUCCUACAGAGGACAUUUAUUUAAUGAUGAAAGUGCCUUUUGUUGACUUUUAACUUCCAAAUACAAUAUAAUAUUGGUAGGCAUAGAGGCAGGUGUAUCCAAGGGUGUCUGAUUAACUGUAGCUGCAUCUGGUUUGUCAAGUAGAGGAGAAAGUCCUUAAUAGAUUUUCCUACAUAAAGCUCGUGCCCUGUGGAAUCCUGUAGGGAUACUGCAAACUCUAUUGCCAAAGGGAUGCUUUAUACACAUAUUACACUGAAUUUAACCUCAAGAGGCAUAUAUGUUUUGUACCUUAAAUGCAAAACCUUCGUCUCCUUGUGAUUUGUUAGAGCAAACACAAGAAAACUGGUACCAGAGUUUGUACCUCAGCUGGGUCCUUCAUCUUGCACGUGGAUUAAGGUGGUGGAACUGGAGCAAUCCUUUGAUUUGUGGUGUUGUAAUGGCACUGUUUAAAGAUUAUCUGAAAAGUAAAAAGCAUGCAAAGAGAGAACAUUCGAUAGUAUGUGUAAAUUGGUUACAUUUAUGGCCUGCAUCUUGAAACCACUGGAUUUAUAAUGUUAAAUUGUGCAAAUAUUUGUUUAGAAUAUACCAUGCAUUACAUACCUAUGAAAUAAAUCUGACCACUUGAAGCAUACCUGUCUAUAUAUAAAAUUAAAAAAAAAAAAGAAAGAAAAAAGUUCCAACUGACGUCAACAGCAUUUGUGCGAUUUGAAGAAAACAUUUGACAUUUAUGCAGAAUCUAAUGUAUGACUCAAAUCCAAUUAAGACUAGAGGUCCUUCUCAGUUACAUGAAACACCUACAACCCCAAAAGGUUGUCCAAAAUUUUCAAAGUGCUUACUGUGUGAGCGUAGCAGAAAUUAUUUUUGUAAUAUAAUUCAUAUUUAUGAAAUACUUUGUAUACUAAAUAGGAAGAUAUGUACUCCUUAUUAUGUAUUUAAUAUGCCUGACUUGUUUUCCUGAUCACAGUGCAUUAAUCAUUCAAUAUAAAUUAAAACAGAACAAUA